AUGUCUUGGCCGCCUGCGCUCGACUCGGAGGAGCAGAUGCUCCUCAACGCGCGUCAGAUCCUCGGCAUUACCACCCUGGAGGACCUCUCUGACCUGGUCUACGUGGAUCAAACGACCUUCGAGGACACCAUCACCAGCGCGCCACAGCGCCUCUCCCACGCGAGCAUCGCAUCACUCUCCGCUGUCUGGCUUCAGUUGCAGGUCCGGGCCGAACGUACCGUUCCCGAUGAGGAGGUCCUCAAGGCGUGGGCUUACUUCCUCUACGAAUGUGGCUGCACUGAGCGCAUGGCCGUCAUGGCCUGGAUGAACGCCUCUCUCAGCGCCUCGUGCAGAUGGACCGAAGUCAUGUCCCAUGAGCGCGCGAGCAACAUUCGCGCGGAAGUGGCGUGUGAUAUUCGCGCUCACUUCCAGACCCUCGUGCCGCACGUCCCCGAGGACGGCGCCGAGUCCAUGCAUCCCCUUCCCUCUCUCCGCCCCGUCACUGCCCCCUUUCAUAUCCCUCAGGGACAGCUUCACGGCAGCCAUGGCUAUGGCCAUUCGGUGAGCAACGUUAGUCCCAUGGUCGUAACCUGGGUCUUGACUCUGACGGAUGAGGAGCCUCCCGAGGCGAACCAAGUUAAGGAAGAAGACGACGUUACCUGUGCGCGAUGCCUCAAUACAGGCCACUCCACUGAGAGCUGCCCAUACAUGCCCCUGAGCGGCACCAUCCACCCCGCGAAUAUCGGCAACGUCUCUCUCACUCAGGCCGGAAGCACGACGGACCUCACAGGCGUCGUUAACCACCCGAAUCCUAACCCAACUACCCAAACCGGCGCCGCGAUACCCGAUGACAUUGCCAAUGCCCUGAAGCUGAUGACGGAAGAAUCAGAGGCGCUGCGACAGGCAGACGACUUCCUCGCGCGUCUCUCAGACGAACUGGAGCACAAGAAGCGAGCCCAAGCCUCCGAGGGAGGCGCCGCAACGUUUGGCCAGGGCCCGGAGCCGGCGCCCAAGAAACAGAAGAACGAGACGCACAUGCCCGUCUUUGGCGAGAAGCUGGCCGAGUCGGCCCAGAACAAGCCCAAGCCCACUUUGGAGUUUGGCGCCUUUAUCGCUCCGCAGGGAGCGGCGACUGCUGUCGAGGGCGGAGCGCCCGUGGCCUCGGAUAGGCCGUACUAUUCGAGCAUCCAGGAGCUGUUCCGAGGCCGGGGCAAUACCCCGGUCAACCAGGUGCGUCGACGCACGGCGCUCGAAAUGUGGGAGGAGGACAACGCGGAGAGAGCCGCGGCGGCGGCGGCGGCGGCGGCGGCGGCGCAGGAGCAGGCCCGGGCCGCCAAGGAAGCGGACGCGGAGGCGGAGGAGGAAGGAGAGGCCAACUAA